CCGGUCCGACACACCAUCGAGUUGGUUGAAGGUGCUGUUCCUCCAAAAGGCUGCGUGUAUCGAAUGAGACCCGGCGAGUUGGAGGAACUCCGGCGGCAGAGCGAUGAAAUGAUUGAUAAGGGGUGGAUCAAGCAUAGUGAAUCAGAAUUUGGUGCUCCUGUUUUGUUUGUGCCUAAAAAGGGAGGCAAACUCCGCAUGUGCAUUAAUUACCGCGGUCUAAACCGCAUCAUAAGAAAGAACGCCUACCCUUUGCCCCGCAUAGAUGACCUGCUUGACGCCGCAAGCGGGUGCAAGGUCUUCUCCAAGAUCGAUCUCAAGUCUGGCUACCACCAGAUUGAAGUCGAUCCUGUGGACCAGCACAAGACUGCGUUCAAAACACACGACGGGCUUUAUGAGUUCACCGUAAUGCCCUUCGGUCUCACGAACGCACGAGCCACUUUCCAAAGCCUCAUGGACAAGGUCCUCCGCGAACAGAUUGGCCGGUUUGUGGUAGUGUACCUGGAUGAUAUUCUGAUCUUCAGCAAGUCCAUGGAGGAACACCUCAAGCAUCUUGAGGAGGUGCUCGCUAUCCUCAAGAAGACACAACUCCAUCUCAACUUGGAGAAAUCCGAGUUUGGGAAGGAUAGCGUCAUCUAUCUUGGGCAUCGGUUGUCUGCUGCAGGCCUAGAGCCUGAGGCAACCAAGAUUGAGGUCAUACGCGAUUGGCCUCAGCCUCCGAACAUUCGCGAAUUGCGUUCUUUCCUUGGUCUCGCGUCGUAUUAUUGGAAGUUUGUACCUCGUUUUUCUAUCAUUGCUCGUCCAUUGUCGAGACUAACCAGUAAAAACGUGCCUUAUUCCUGGGAUGCCGCGUGUACAGAGGCUUUUCAAGCUCUCAAGGAAGCCUUGGUAAGUUACCCAGUACUCCGCAUUGCAGAUCCCAAACUGACAUUCGUAGUUACUACGGAUGCAAGUCAGUAUGGAAUCGGUGCAGUGCUGCAAAAAGAUGAUGGCAAUGGCUUGCGGCCACUCGAGUACUACAGCAAACGGAUGCCCAACGUAAAGGUAGCCACUUCCACCUACAUGCGUGAACUCUAUGCUUUGCGUAUGGCGUUGGAUCACUGGGAACAUUAUAUUUUGGGGCGCCACUUCAAAGUCUUCUCAGAUCACGAGACCUUGAAGUGGAUCAAACAACAAACUACCAUGUCCCCUACCUUGCUUCGCUGGUUCCACGAGAUUGACAUCUUUGAUUUUGAAUUAAGACACAAAAAGGGUUGUUAUAACCGAGUCGCUGACGCAUUGUCUCGCCACCCUGAGUACAUGACUUGCCUUGUGAAAUCCUACGACCUCCGGAAGAAACUGAAGGAGGAGCUCGUAGAGAAGACAACCAAGGAUCCGGAACUUAGUUCCAUCCCUGAGCGGCUGCAGGCUGAUCCUAGUAGUCAGCCUGAUUUCCACGAGUAUGGAGGACUGAUUUUUCGUUGCUACGGGAACCACGACCGUUUGUGUGCGCCCAACCAUAAGCCUCUCCGCGCGCACUUUUUGGAUUUGGCUCAUGGCCGGAGCGGACACUUCGACAUGGCAAAAACGUAUGCAAAUUUGCUGAGACAGUUUGAUUGGCUUGGCAUGAAAGGGACUGCUGAAAAGUUUGUGGCUGAAUGUCAAGUCUGUCAACGAAUCAAACCAUGGAGACAAAAGCCGAUGGGGCUACUCACACCCCUACCCAUUCCCGAUGGUCCCGGGGAGUCUGUCUCCAUCGAUUUCACCGACAUGGGAAAGGUAAGUAAGAACGGCUACUCACAGGUCAUGGUGAUUGUUGACCGAUUCUCUUAGUUCCUCAAUCUGAGCCCUUUGCCACCUCAUGCCCCAACAGAACUAGUGAUUCGUGAAUUCCAACAG